CUUUUUAAGGUGACGAGCUGGCUGAAUCGCUAGCACGUCGGGCGAAAUGCUUAGCGGUAUUUCGUCUGACUUUACAUUCUGAGUUCAAAUUCCGCCGAGGUCGUCUUUGCCUUUCAUCCUUUCGAUAAAUUAAGUACCAGUUGUGUGCUGGAUCGACCUAAUCGACUGGCCCCUUUCUCCUAAAAGUUCGGGCCUUGUACCUAGAGUAGAAAAGAACAUUUCACCUUUUAGUAUUGUAGUCGUUCGUUUUUGACGAGUCAACUUUUUGUGUCUGUCGUAACGGUUAUAAUCUUUAACUAUUGAUGAAGCAUGUCUGAUUUUUGCGUGAUUUGGUUGCUAUGGAAGCUACUUUGUUGACUGUCCAUCGUUGUGUGAUUCUGAGAAAUAUUUUCAGUUCUAUAUUUGAGGAAUUAUUUACAUUUCACGGAUAUUUAUCCUCAGGUGUCCGCGGGGGAAUUUCGAACCUGGGUUCUCAUUCCUAAGGAUAACAGAUGAUAUUGGCAUAACAGAAGAUGCACCAUCAAAACUUUUCGUCAUUGACAGACUGAAUGAAAAUACUAUAUGGAAGAAAUAUCUAGCACUAUUUCUAUAAAUUAAUUGUAAAAUUCCAAUGACAUAUUUAUUCUGAACUGAGAUUAUUAGCAAAAUUUCUGAAUCAUUAUCUAGAGUGUAUACAAAAUUGUGUGCUAAUUAUACUUGGAUAAAUUUUUGUAAGAAAUUUUAGAUAAAGGUAGCAUUGGACAGAAAUAUGGCAGCUGAAAAAAUUGGUAAAGAAUAUGCAGUAGAAACAAAAUCAACAAAAUAUAUACAGAAAUAUAGACAUAGUUUGAUUUGAGAAGAAAAGAUUUGCAAAAACGUCCAAAACGUAAGGAAGUGAUUUUUUCCUGAAGACAUGCCAAAAGAGAAAAGAAAAGCUUUCUGUGAAAAGACAUUCUCCCAGAAUGAUAACCAAGUUAAACAUAAGCGUAUUCAUACAGGAGGUAAGCCAUAUUGCUGUGAAAUCUGUGGUAAAUCAUUCUCUCAGAAUUCUACCCUAACUAAACACAAAUGUGUUCAUACAGGAGAGAAGCCAUAUCAAUGUGAUAUCUGUGGUAAAUCAUUCUCUUGGAAUGGAAACCUAACUACACACAAACGUACUCAUACAGGAGAGAAGCCAUAUCAGUGUAAUAUCUGUGGUAAAUCAGUCUCUUCGAAAGGAAACCUAACUAAACACAAACGUACUCAUACAGGAGAGAAACCAUAUCAUUGUGAUAUCUGUGGUAAAUCAUUCUGUGAAAGUGAUCAGUUAACUACACACAAACGUAUUCAUACAGGAGAGAAGCCAUAUCACUGUGAUGUUUGUGGUAAGUCUUUCUUUGGAGGGAGUGCUUUAUAUUUGCACAAGCAAAUACAUACAGGAGAGAAGCCAUAUCACUGUGGUAUUUGUGGUAAAUCAUUCUCUGUACAUACUAACUUAACAUCUCACCAACGUGUUCAUACAGGAGAGAGGCCAUAUCAAUGUGAUAUCUGUGGCAAAUCAUUCUCUCGGAAUGGAAGCCUAACUACACACAAACAUAUUCAUACGGGAGAGAAGCCAUAUCACUGUGGUAUUUGUGGUAAAUCAUUCUCUCAAUUUCAUUACUUAUCUUGUCACAAUCGUAUUCAUACUGGAGAAAAACCAUAUCGCUGUGAUAUCUGUGGUAAAUCAUAUUCUAUACGUAGUAGCUUAACAUGUCACCAACAUAUACAUGCAGGAGAGAAACUGUAUCGCUGUGGUAUUUGUGGUAAAUCAUGCUCUGGAAGUAGUGCUUUAAAUUCUCACAAGCGAAUUCAUACAGGAGAGAAGCCAUAUCGCUGUGAUAUCUGUGGUAAAUCAUUCUCUCAGAAUUCUACUCUAACUAAACACAAACGUAUUCAUACAGGAGAGAAGCCAUAUCACUGUAAUAUCUGUAGUAAAUCAUUCUCUGGAAGUGGUCAGUUGACUUCACACAAACGUGUUCAUACAGGAGAGAAGCCAUAUAACUGUGACAUCUGUGGCAAAUCAUUCUCUCUUGGUGGUUCUUUAACAUCUCACCAACGUAUUCAUACAGGAGAGAAGCCAUAUCACUGUGGCAUUUGUGGUAAAUCAUUCUCUCGAUGUGAUGCUUUCAAAUCUCACAAGCGAAUUCAUACAGGAGAGAAGCCAUAUUGCUGUAAUAUCUGUGGUAAAUCAUUCUCUCAAAGUAAUGACUUAACUAAACACAAACGAAUACAUACAAGAGAGAAGCCAUAUCACUGCAAUAUUUGUGGUAAAGCAUUUACUGGAAGUGGUAACUUAAGGAUGCACCACCGCACUCAUACAGGAGAGAAGCCACAUCAGUGUGAUGUCUGUGGUAAAUCAUUCUCUCGAAAUAAUUCCUUAACCAUUCACAAACGGAUUCAUACAGGAGAAAAGCCAUAUCAGUGUGAUAUCUGUGGUAAGUCCUUCGCUAGAUAUAAUUAUGUCAUUAUUCACAAACGUGUUCAUACAGGGGAGAAACCAUAUCAGUGUGAUAUCUGUGGCAAAUCAUUCUCUGAAAAGUGUUCCUUGAGAAUACAUAAACGUAUUCAUACAGGAGAGAAACCUUAUUGUUGUGAUAUUUGUGGUAAAUCAUUCUCUGAUAGUAGUGCUUUACCAAGACACAAAUGUAUUCAUACAGGAGAGAAGUCAUAUCAGUGUGAUAUCUGUGACAAAUCGUUCUCUCGAAAUACUACAUUAACCAUUCACAAAAGAAUCCAUACAUGAGAGAACCCAUAUCAGUGUGAUAUCUGUGGUAAGUCCUUCGCUAGAUAUGAUUAUCUCAUUUCUCACAAACGUGUUCAUACAGGGGAGGAGCCAUAUCAAUGUGACAUCUGCUGCAAAUCAGUCUCUGUAAAGUGUUCCUUAAUAAUACAUAAACGUAUUCAUACAGGAGAGAAACCUUAAUGUUGUGAUAUUUGUGGUAAAUCAUUCUGUGAAAGUAGUAAGUUAAGAAGACACAAACGUACUCAUACAGUGUAGAAGCCACAUUACCGUUAUGUGUAUGGUAAAUCAUUUGCUGAAAAUAUUAACCACACAAACAUACAUUUAAAAAUGGCAACAUACUAGUGUGAUAUCUAUGGUAAAUCGUUCUCUUGAAUUGAUUUUUUGCCUGAGGCGAAAUAUAUUCAUAGAGGAGAGAAGGCAUAACAAUAUAAUAUUUGUGAGGAGACAUUCACUCAAAGUAGUAAUUUAAGAAUAGACAAAUAUAUUCAUACAGGAUAGAAGCCACAUCACUGUGAUAUUUGUGGCAAAUCAAUCUCUCAAAGUUGCGGCUUCACUGCACAUGUAUGUAUUCCUAGAGAAGUGUGACGGUCAAUGGGAAUAUCAUCAAACAUAAAUUCCUUCUGAAGCGAUGUGGGCUUAGCUUUGUGGAUUUUACCCAUGAUGUCAACUAAGCCACUCAUUAUGGCUGUCUUUCUCAGGUAGUCUUUUACAGCUGGUUGAACUUUUAAUGGUGCCAACCUCUUUUAGUUACCUCUUGGAGCAUGAAGGGAUAUGGUUUACUGUUCAAUUUCCUGGUAUGAAAAUCAGAAAUAAACAUCCACAUCAAUAACGGUAAAUGUAUUCACAUUGGAAAAGACACAUAACAGUAACAACAGCCUCCCUAUGCUGUAUUUUAUAUUAGAACACUUGUGUGACGUUUUUAAUAAAAGCACUUACCUCCAGA